UGUCACAAAGCGGGUCGGUAACGUUGAAUGUCACCGGUGCAUGUUGGUGCAUCAACACCAAACCUUCGUGCUUGGUUAACCAGACUGCUAAAACGUCAACAAUGACAGUACGGUUUUCUCAGACUUGCAGCCGAUGAAGAAAACAUGAUGUCCGCUGGGUUUCGGGGACGGGUUUCGGUGAAGGGCUCCGGCGUUAAAGUUCCUCGCAAUUUCCGGCUCCUGGAAGAGCUGGAGGAAGGCCAGAAAGGUGUGGGAGAUGGAACAGUGAGUUGGGGUCUGGAGGAUGACGAGGACAUGACCUUAACCCGAUGGAGAGGAGUGAUCCUUGGUCCUCCAAGGACGAGCUAUGAGAACAGGAUGUACAAUCUGAAGGUUGAAUGUGGGCCAGAAUACCCAGAGUUACCACCUUACGUCAGAUUUGUGACAAAGAUAAACUUGAAUGGCGUUCACACCUCCAGCGGUGUGGUUGACAUGCAUGCGGUGACUGCGCUGGCCAAGUGGCAGAACUCCUACAGUAUCCAGAUGGUGCUGCUGGAGCUGCGACGGCUCAUGACGUGCAAGGAAAACAUGAAGCUUCCUCAGCCACCUGAGGGCCAGAUCUACACCAACUGAGCCCCUGAUACUUUUACCUCCAUGUUUUUCUCCUUCCCACCCCCCACCCUCCAACUCUUAUGUUUUGCUUUCAUCCCUUUAUCCCCAUCCUGCGCCAUGUGACAUUCCACCUCCUGCUGACACCUUGGCUGAGCACACACACACAUACACAUAGACCCACUUACACACACACACACAGCAGAAGUUAAGUAUAAAAUAAUAGAUACAUACAAACAUACACAAACACAAACACACACACACAUAUAUCUCGUAUACACACACUUAUUGAGCGUUCAUGAAAGUCAUUCCAGGCACUGGCCCCCUCCCUCUCCCAUCACUGGAGCUCUGGGUGGACUCGAUGUGACGAGGCAGGCGGAGUCCUCAGUUCACACCAGAUCCGAUCAUUCGAAUACUGUACAUGUCACUAACCUUUUUUUAUUAUUAUUUGUUAAAAAUGCAGAUUGUACAAUAACAUAAAUAAUCUUAUUGAGUGUACCUCCUUUUGUGUGUUGCCUUUUUGUAACAUUGAAAAACAGCCACUUAACAUGAUUGCACAUUGUUUACUUAAACGUGUGUUUGCUGUUAGUUACAAGUUCUUUCAAGGUGUACAUAUGAAACCCAAAACCCAUCUAACUUGGCAAAUAAUGUUAAAUAUGUCGUGUCAUGUGGCCAGAUGUCUAAUGAAAUAUUUCCUUCAGUGUGUGUUGAUAUGGGCUUGCACAGAAUAUUUUUUUUGGAGCAGUCUUGUAGUAAAUGCAUGACUGCAGCUCAGCAAGGUGCCUGGAAGUGGUCACACAUUGCUUUUCUUUCCCUUCUAUGUAAGAGUUGUCCAAAGUGAACAUUGUGUACAAUAUCUAUACCACUAUAUCUGAUCUGAGUGUGCAUAGUAGCAUAGUAUGCAAAUCUACUGUAGGUCUGCAGAAGUCAAACCAUGCUUGAAAAAAGAAGUGAAAUCAGCUACCUCUUUUUGUCCUGUGUAACGUCCAGGGAGUUAUCUGACUUGUGAAACUGUCUUUGCUACUUUAUGUGACAAUUUGUUUUACUUUCUCCACUUCUUUCAUAAAUCUUAAUUCAUGCUUCUCA